GGAUUCAUUUUGGUCAUUUUGCUAACAUGGGGGAUGGCAUCUCCCCUCAAAUCACCUACUUGUCAUAGGUAUGUUACGUUGCAUUGUGUAAAAAAUAAGUUUAAACCUUCUGUAUCCAUUUAACAACUAGCACACCUUUCAGUGAAAUGGUGUAAAUGGGGACUUCGGCCAUGAUAUGUGACCCAAAUGUCUUCAAGUGUUAUGUCAGUCACAUUCUGACUGGCACCCUAUUGCAAGUAAGAUGCUGCUAAAUCUGACAGUUGUUUUUGUUUGUGUUGUUGAAUUGUGAAGCCCACUUGCAAAUAGCGAAUUUUAUUUUGAAAGUUGUGAUCGGAAGUCUUGUCUGAGAUCCUGUCUGGUUUGACACUGGCUGCUCAGUGUGUGUGUGUGUGUAUGUUUGUGAGUGAGUGUGUGUGUGUGUGUGUACUCGGUUUCCUGCUGCUGCUCGGUGUCCGCACACCGUCCGUCUCGUCAGUGUUGAUCGGCUCGCCAUGGCGGAAGGACGCAGAGAACAGCCCCAUCCUCUCCUCUCCUUACCACCGGCCAGCAAGCGACCCUGCCUGCGCCCGGCUCCCCGAGGUCCCGGCCCGGGGCCCGGCCAUGGCAGCGGGUUGCCCAGCUCCCGGUAUCGUUCCCCGGAGUCCCUUCUGGACUGCGCCGCGAAGGCAGUAGCGGAAAAGUGGGCCUUCGAGAGAGUAGAGGAGCGCUUCGAGCGGAUCCCGGAACCCGUCCAGCGCCGCAUCGUAUAUUGGUCUUUUCCCCGCAACGAAAAGGAGAUAUGCAUGUACUCUUCGUUUCAGUGCCGAGUCGCCGGCGAGGAGGGUCCGUCGGCGGCUACCGGCGGGGCUGGGGGCGCUGGGUCCGGAGCAACAACCGCCGGCGGUGGCGGAGGAUCUACCGCCGGUACGACGGCUACCGUGGGGGCAGCCGGAGCAGUGGGAACGGGGGACGGACUGCCUUUUCGCCGCGGUAUAAGGCUGCUAGAGACCGGCUGUGUGGAAAACGUUUUACAAGUCGGGUUUCACCUCAGUGGCACAGUAACUGAACCCGCCACAUCAUCAGAGCCAGAGGUCACCCACAAGGUGGCCAUCAGCUUCGACCGAUGCAAGAUCACCUCUGUGACCUGUGGUUGCGGGAACAGAGACAUUUUCUAUUGCGCCCACGUGGUGGCGCUCUCUCUUUACCGGAUUCGCAAGCCUGAACAGGUGAAGCUGCGGUUGCCCAUCUCAGAGACAUUGUUCCAGAUGAACAGAGAUCAGCUGCAGAAGCUUGUCCAGUAUCUGAUCACAGCCCACCACACUGAGGUGCUGCCCACUGCUCAGAAACUGGCCGACGAGAUCCUCUCUUCCAACUCUGAGAUCAACCAGGUCCAUGGUGCUCCGGACCCGACUGCAGGCGCCAGCAUUGACGAUGACAACUGCUGGCAUCUGGACGAGGAUCAAGUCAGGGAGCAGGUCAAACAGUUUCUGUCACAGGGAGGAUACUACGGCUCUGGGAAGCAACUCAACUCCAUGUUUGCUAAGGUGAGGGAGAUGCUACGAAUGCGAGACUCCAACGGUGCCCGAAUGCUGACGCUCAUAACAGAACAGUUUAUGGCAGACCCCCGGCUGUCGCUAUGGAGACAACAGGGCACUGGCAUGACGGACAAGUGUCGGCAGCUCUGGGAUGAGCUAGGUGCAUUGUGGGUGUGCGUAGUGCUAAACCCCCACUGUAAGAGCGAGGAGAAGAGCAGCUGGCUGAAGCAGCUGAAGAAAUGGGGCGACAUGGAUGUCUGCCCGCUGGAGGACGGCAACUACGGCAGCGAGCUUCCAAACAUCACCAACGCUCUGCCGCAGAGCAACCUGGCACAGGACUCUCUGUCCAGGCCGAGGAGGACGGUGUUCAGCCGGGCAGUCGAGGCCUGCGACCUCCACUGGCAGGACAGCCACCUCCAGAGGAUCAUCAGCAGCGACCACUACAUGUCUCCAUCCUACCAGAGGGAGGGAGAGAGCCUGCUCUUCAACCCACAGGGCCUGCCACUCUGGCUAGACCACGUUCCGACGGCAUGCGCUCGUGUCGACGCCCUGCGUUCCCACGGUUACUCCAGGGAAGCCCUACGAUUGGCCGUCGCCAUCAUUAAUACGCUCCGCCUCCAACAGCAGAGACAGAUGGACAUCUACAAACACCAAAAGAAAGAGCUUCUCCAGAGGGGCAUGACUUCCACCACCAACCUGGAAGGCUGGGUGGGUCAUCCCUUAGACCCGAUUGGCUGUCUCUUCACCACGCUCACCGAAGCCUGCCGUGUGGACGACGACAACACUAUGGACACCGGAGAAGGUGACCCCAGGCCUCCGGUCUACCACCAUGUACCAGUGUGGGGCAGUCCUGAUGGAGGGGAGUCCUACCUGACUUUGGCCUUAGAGGUGGCUCUGAUGGGUAUGGGCCAGCAGAGGAUAAUGCCCGAGGGCCUAUACGCUCAGGAUAAGGUGUGUCGUAACGAGGAGCAGAUUGUUGCAAAACUUCAAGAACUGGAGCUGGACGAUCUCCUGGUUCAGACUCUUCGGAAACAGGCCAUACAGCUGCUUGAAGCUGGUCCGUUCAGCGGUCUAGGUGAGGUCAUCCACAGGGAGAGUGUUCCCAUGCACACCUUCGCCAAGUACCUCUUCUCUGCCCUGCUGCCACAUGACGCAGACCUGGCAUAUAAGGUGGCUCUCCGCACCAUGAGGCUGCCGGUGCUGGAGUCCUCAGCAGGCUCCGGGGACGUUGGCCACCCUCAUCAUGGCAUCUCCAUAGUUCCAAGUAGAUACCCGCGCUGGUUCACACUGGGGCACCUGGAGUCACAGCAGUGUGAGCUGGCCUCCACCAUGCUCACUGCUGCUAAAGGUGACAUGCUGCGGUUGCGGACGGUGCUGGAGGCCAUUCAGAAAAACAUCCACUCUUCUUCCUUAAUCUUCAAACUGGCCCAGGAUGCCUUUAAGAUAGCCACACCCGCAGACAGCCCGCCUGAUAUAACUCUGCUCAACGUGGCACUGGAGCUAGGGCUGCAGGUGAUGAGGAUGACUCUGUCCACACUGAACUGGAGAAGGAGAGAGAUGGUUCGCUGGCUGGUAACCUGUGCCACUGAAGUCGGUCUGCGGGCGUUGGUGAGCAUCUUACAGAGCUGGUACACUCUCUUCACACCGACCGAGGCCACCAGCAUCGUGGCGGCCACCGUCAUGUCCCACAACACCAUCCUGCGCCUCAGCCUUGACUACCCUCAGCGUGAGGAGCUGGCUAGCUGUGCCAGGACUCUGGCCCUGCAGUGCGCCAUGAAGGACCCCCAGAACUGCGCUCUGUCGGCUCUGACGCUCUGCGAGAAGGACCACAUCGCCUUCGAGACUGCCUACCAGAUUGUGAUCGACGCAGCAUCCACCGGUAUGACUUACUCCCAGCUGUUUACCAUCGCAAGGUACAUGGAACACAGAGGAUACCCGCUGCGGUCCUUCAAGUUGGCCUCCCUCGCCAUGACCCACCUUAACCUGGCUUACAACCAGGACACUCACCCAGCUAUUAAUGACGUGCUCUGGGCCUGUGCGCUCAGCCACUCUCUGGGUAAAAAUGAGCUCGCAGCCAUUAUCCCCCUGGUGGUGAAGAGUGUGCACUGUGCCACGGUGCUGUCUGACAUCCUGCGGCGGUGCACCAUGACGGCGCCGGGUCUCGCCGGCAUUCCCGGGAGAAGGAACUCUGGGAAACUGAUGUCAACAGACAAGGCGCCGCUGCGGCAGCUCCUUGACGCCACGAUCUCGGCAUACAUCAACACCACGCACUCUCGACUGACGCACAUCAGUCCGCGGCACUACGGAGAGUUCAUAGAGUUCCUGAGCAAAGCGCGGGAGACUUUCCUGCUGGCACAGGACGGCCACAUUCAGUUCGCCCAGUUCAUAGACAACCUGAAACAGAUCUACAAGGGCAAGAAGAAACUGAUGAUGUUGGUCAGGGAGCGCUUCGGCUGACCUUGCCCCUCCCUCACAGGGACCCUCUUUUGGGAAGCAGUUAAACUUAUUUGUUUCUAUUUAAGGUUUUUUUCCUUGUAUUUUUACUUUUUAUGUUGAGCCAUUUGUUGACUAAGUCUUAAGUUUUUGUCCUGUUUUGUUGUUUUGUUUCUUGAAUGUGAACCAGGAAGUGUUCGCAGUGCAUUGCUCUACUUCACUGAGACUGCAAAAGGGGGAAACGGCUUGAAAUGUCAAAGAAACAACAGCAAAAACAAAGCAUUUUUCUCCUCCACCUAAUGUUAAAUCUAGUAUGAAAAAGUCAAAAGACUGUGAUGGAAAAAAGGAACUUUUGUUUUUCGGCGGCACAUGACGAUUUAAAAACCAAAAGCUUUUGUCGGAUGGGGUACUUACUUUGAGCCAGAAGACGCUUUCAGCUGGGGUUAAGAAGAAGAAGAGGAAGUGGUUUUCAAAGUGGAAGGAUGUUAUUCCAAAAGAAAAAACCCCCACUGAGGUAGAAAUCACACGUAGUGUUACUGUCAUACCUCGACUGUAUCAUUUGUCAGCUUUAACUUCUCUAUCAGAAAUGGCCUCUUCUUUCAUUCAGGGCAUCUUAGAGUAGAGAAGAAUACAGAGCUACAUAUGUGUGGUCUCUCUGUAGUAGACGUCAGUACCAACAGGUUUAUAAACUUGACUAAAGCCACUCUAGACUAGCUCCGACCCUCUACACCUGCUGGUCAGUGCUUUUCCUUAAGAAUAUCUGCAGAGGAACAAACUUCACAGAGUGCAUGUUUUCAAAUCCAGAAGCCUGAGAGUGACAUUAUUCAGGCUGUUCUAGCUAAAGUAGAGUAGUUGAGGCUCCACAUGCACAUAUGUAUACAGUAUAUCUCGUAUGUCCUCCUAUAAGCUUAUUAACAGUGACAAUACACAACUGUGAUGAACGGAGGGGUCACUGUACUCCCAUCUCCAGUGAUACCACUGCACUGCUGUACAGCUAUUUGUGGCCAAAACCUUUUAAAUCGUUAAGACUCCAGUGGUCACCUUUCACAUGCUAGAUCAAGAUUUAGUCAAUAAGCAAUAUAAGUCUGCGCUUUUUAUCACAUAGCGGCAUUCAUUUCACCUUCUUGUAUUCUGUUAGGAAGCUUUGGAACAUAUUGGGACCUUGUUGAUUUCAGUGACUGUUACUUGUUAACUCUGCCUGUAGCUAAAGUCCCUUUUCCAUCUCAAGAACGUUUGCCGGAACUCAGGAACUUUUGCAAGAGUUAGUUUCUUUGUUUCCCAGAACUUUUUCAUGAACCCAGAGCCCAUUUUAAGAGCAGAAAUCUGGUUCUGAUUUUGGUUAUUUUGAUCACAGUUCCUACACCAAAAGCCCUGGCAGCCCAAAUAGUACUUUUUACCAAUUGCUAUGAGUUCUUGGGGUGACCUGUGCAGUACUUACCAUUGCUGACUGGACAGACAAGCAUUAUUUAAAUAUAACAGCCAGCCAGAGAGAAGUCUCACUGUGCUCGUCAUCCUCAUUUCCAACCGCAGCAGGCAGCUGUUGUCAGCAAAAAAGUUAACCGACUGUACACUGGCUGCCUAGCACCAAACAGUAGAUGGACAAAAUUAGCAGCUAGCUGGCGAAAACGUAGUGGAGCAUUUAGCUUUAACAGAUGCUAAUGUUGCUCCAUCUCUGCUAGAUUAGUAAAUUAGCAACUGUUGCUAACACCAUGCAACCUUGUACCGUAGAUAAUAUGUCAGUGUUGCGUUCUUAACUUGUUGCGCUGCCCCCAAGUGGCCAAAAAAAUCAGUUAACGGUGGUUUAAGUACUGUUUGGAUAAACUAAAACAACAAAAAAGAAAAGGCUCACAUUUAAAACAUUAAAAACCACAGUAAUUGCAGUAAUCGCACUAGUCGCCAUCAUGACUAAAGUAAAAAUUAACAUGCUUAACUUAGGUGUUCCUGUAUUUUUAAAUUCCUCUAGUUCCUUGGUCUUAUGAUGGAAAAGGGUCUAUAGUUACUGGAGCUCUUACCUGCUUCUGGUUGUGAUCGUUGUGGACUAUGAAGACGAAUGGCCUUGUCUUUCUCAAAGGGUUGCAGAUACACAGUGCAAAACAAAAAAUACUGUAUGUUUUAUGACUUGUUGACUUAAUCGUACAUAUUUGAGACCACAUGCCUUGGCACAGGAAGUAAUUUUUUCUUUAUGAGGGAUGUUCAUGCUCCCUUUUCUUACCCAGUGGCAAAGUGUUGUUGUUAAUGGCAGUAUACUGUACAGCAAGAGCUUGAAUCUUUACCAGUUGGACUAAACGUCAUCGUACAAGCACUUCACACAAAUACCUCUUCAGUACGUUCCUGCCUGCUUCAGCAUUUAUUUAUUGAUUGUUUGGUAACUUUGUAUGACUGAGUAGAAAUUGCAGGCUCACAAACAGAACACAGCGAAUGAGUCAGCCUGUCGAUGGCAGGGGAUUAAAAGAAAAGGGUUUUUGAAUGGAGGGACAUUUUCUUGUCUGCUUUUACAUUCCAUGAGAGCUACCUUCACCCACUACCCAGGUAGUCAGUCACAACUCUGGGCCUUUUUGAUCUGAAGAAAUGCAGAUAGAAGAAUGAAAAAAGGAAAACUGAGCAAAAGAAAGAAAAGAGAGGCUAAACUCAGUUCUCAGGGACCUCACUUAAAGAAACAAAACAAAAAGUAGUAGCAUUAAGCAUUUAAGAUAUUGUAAAUAUUAAAGUGUCAAUUCAGAAAAUUGUAAAGUUAUAAUUAUUUAUGAUAAGUAUGUUAUGUGGUUUUUUUUUUCUUUCUUUAUUUUAUUUUAUUUUAUUUUUUGGCGGGGGUGUACUUGAACAGUUUUGGAUGGGGAGUUUGACAGCAUUUUUUCUAAGAGCAAAGGCAUUUCUCAGGUGCUCCUGUGUACAUUUCUUUCUAUUUGUUUUUGCUAUAAUAACUAUUAUUAUUUGGAUUUUAUUUUUAAUUUUUUUUUUUGAUUUGCAAAGAAAAAAAAAUCUGUGUUCCAAAAGGAAGCAUGUCAUUCGGAGUUGAGGAGAAUGAGGAAGGCAUUCAUUUGUAAACAGAUACGUACUAAACCUGACUAUGCAGAACCACUUUGAUGGUCUUGUCACCUCUUAAAGAUGCCCACUAAAAACUUAAAGUGUGGAAGAAGAGACACAGUGGACUAAACCACUAUUAAAGUGGCAGGCAAAGACAAGACCCAGCAUGCUUGUAUUUGGACAAUGCGCAGUAGCCAGCUUGCAUAUGCUGCAACAUGUAGAGGAGAAAAAAAAAUGUAAAUGGUGGAAAAUGCCUUUCUGACCGAUCAAUGUACAAAGUUUAUUUUUGCUUUACUUCUUUGUUGGUUUUAUUUAAUCAGGACUCAAGCCUUUAGUGUCUUCUCAGAGGUGUCGUGUCGUGUGGCGGCACCACAGUGAGACAGAACAAUACACAAAUGUUAGAGAGUCUGAAACAGCAACUGUAUGAACAAAAGAGACGGCCUGUGGAUGACCUUGUGUUCAUUCCUCGUUGUGACUUGUUUUUCUUUUGAUUGCUUUCUCAACUCCCUUCAGCCUGCAAAGCCGGCUGAAGUUCACCUCUUCUAUCUUACUACCGUAGUUUCUUUAUUCAAUCUUCAGUUGUUCCUCAUCUCGUUCCUUCUCACAUAGGGAGGAUUUUGGUUUGAAAGCAAUGCAUCCAUGUGUCGGUGACCAGCUUUCAGUGCAGCCACUUCCUCUGUUGUCCUACCUUAAAACAUCAGUGCACUGCAGCAGCGUUGUAUCUGCACACAGUCAACUUUUGACUGAAACUAGUGCAUUCUUAUCUUUUGUUGCUGCAAGGUUUCUACAUAAUGAGGAUAAAAAGAGGUUGAAUUAAUUUCUUGGCUGCUACGUUAGCAUGAUAAGGCUGUUUUCCUAAAUCAUAGAUGAAAGAGGGAUAUUAUUUUACCACUUGCUUAACUUGGAAGCUCCAGCCAGCUGCCUUUAUGUGAUGCAUUAAUUGACAGCAUUACAGCAAAAGUUCCUCCCUCUAACUUGAUCUGUUUUUCAGUCUGUGUUAAGUGGAUCAGCCAGUUCCUGACAGUUUCUUUUGUUUUCCCUUUCUUUCUUUCUUUCUUUCUUUCAUAGGAGAGUACUAUUUGCUGGUAUAGAUCUAGUUCACCUACUAUUUCCCAGUUUCUUUUGUUUUGGAUUCUCUCUAACUUAAGGGAAAAUUGAAAGUGUUUGUUGCCUCUUUGUGCUACUGAUUAUGAAAAGGUAUUUCCAGUAUUUGUUGCCACAGAAGUAUGAUAGCUUAUCAUCAACAUUUGUUUUUGUUUUUUUUAAUUUGUAAUUUUUUGUGCAACUUCUUGAGCUACUGUCUAUAAAGCAAGAAUUUAUUACUAUUUAUGUAACGCUACUACCAUUUUAUAUUGAUUUGUGUUGGAAUUUCAGUGCUUUUCUAUGAAUAAAGUGUGAAACACAUUA